UAGCUGACAAAUCCUGACAACUGUGUGUGAUCAUAACAUAUAAACUAUUAUACUUGAUUUAUAAACUUAAUUCGAAAAUAAUCUAAUUACAACACAACAAAAGUUUUUGUAGAUAUUGUUAAAAUGAUCGAAGAGGAAAAUAAAACUGUUUGGUGUGGUAAUUUAGCUGAUCAAGUAACUGAAGAGAUUCUUUACGAACUCUUCUUACAAGCUGGUCCUUUAGAUAAAGUUAAAAUGCCUCGCGAUAGAGACGGACGUCAUAGAUCUUUCGCUUUUAUAACGUAUUGCCAUGAAGUAUCAGUGCCUUAUGCUAUUAAUUUAUUCAGAGGAACGGCUCUUUUUCAUAGAACAUUGACACUACAAGUUAGAGGUAGAAUGGCGCUCUUACCACCACCAAUACGAUGUUACGGGCCUGAUACUUCUAUGGACCUCAGCGGACAAGGAAAUGUUGUCAAACAAUUUGCUGAUAUGACUGACAGACUUAAGGAGGAAAAUCCGAAUCCAGUUCAUCAGCCAACACAGAGACAAAACACAAAUGAAAAGCUUGUUAUGGCUAGCUUACAGGGUAACUGGUCACACAGACACCACCCAUACAGGAAUAAAGAUAAAAUUCAUAAUCGUGAUGAUUUUAGACAUCGAGAUGAUAUUUAUAAAGGUCAAAACAACUCUAACAAUUGGAGGCCUCGACGAGAUACUCGACCUAGAAGAAGAAAAUGAGACAAUUUAUAACAUGGAAAUAUUACUGUAUAUUUACAUUUGUGGCAUUUAUUGUUGCAUAAAAAGUUUUUUAAGUACAUAGUGA